AUGCGCUCUCCUGAACCAAAGAAAAAGUCACCGAAGACCAAACUCAAAGCAAAGUCCAAAUCGAAUCCCAAAAAAGCGUCCAAAUUAAAUAAUGAAGCAAUCGAGGAGGUAUUCUAUGCAUCUCCCCUCUAUGAUUUUUUAUAUCCAUUUAGACCUGCAGGUAACCAAUGGCUUGCCCAAUACAUUAUAGUGACCUUUGCACUGAUUAUUAGGUGUGCCAUUGGAUUGGGUUCAUACUCCGGAAUGGGUCAUUCACCAAUGUUUGGAGAUUUCGAAGCCCAAAGACACUGGAUGGAGAUAACUCAACAUCUCCCUAUCUCUAAAUGGUAUUGGUUUGAUUUACAAUACUGGGGUCUAGAUUAUCCCCCACUGACAGCCUACCAUUCGUACAUUUUGGGCAAAAUUGGCAGUUUUAUAUAUCCAAAAUGGUUUACGUUGAAUGACUCAAGAGGGAUUGAAAUGGAAGGAAUCAAAAGUUAUAUGAGAACUACAGUCUUAAUCAGCGAAGCUGUAUUUUACUUCCCUGCUAUCAUAUAUUUUUCAAAAUGGUUUGGCAAACACAGAAAUCAAUCUCCUAUUGGUCAAUAUAUUGCUGCAACUGCAAUCUUAUUCCAACCAUCUUUAAUGCUUAUUGAUCAUGGUCAUUUUCAGUAUAAUUCCGUCAUGCUAGGCCUUACAGUUUAUGCUAUCAAUAACUUACUAGAUGACUUCUAUUCCGUGGCAUCCGUAUGCUUCGUACUUUCCAUCUGUUUCAAACAAAUGUCAUUGUAUUAUGCUCCAAUAUUUUUUGGCUAUUUACUGAGCAAAUCACUUUUCUUCCCCAGAUUAUUUAAUAUUCCAAGAUUGGUAGGGAUUGCAGCAGUUACAAUUGUGACAUUUGUCGCAAUGUAUUCUCCUUUGUAUAUAUUUGGUGGAGGAUUGGAAAACUUGAUUCAAUCUGUUCACAGAAUUUUUCCUUUUGCAAGAGGAAUUUUUGAAGACAAGGUUGCUAACUUUUGGUGUGUUACCAAUAUCUUAAUCAAAUAUAAAAUUAAAUUCACACAGGAUCAAUUACAAUUAUAUUCCCUAGCGGCUACUGUGUUAGGUUUCUUACCAGCCCUCGUCAUUAUAGUUUUAUAUCCAAAGAAACAUUUGCUUCCUUAUGCAUUGGCUGCUUGUUCAAUGUCAUUUUUCCUUUUCAGCUUUCAGGUCCAUGAAAAGACUAUAUUAGUUCCAUUGUUACCUAUAACUCUACUAUAUACGUCCACUGAUUGGAAUGUUCUAUCAAUGGUUUGCUGGAUCAAUAACGUGGCCUUAUUUACUUUGUGGCCAUUACUAAAAAAAGAUGGUCUAAUUUUACAAUAUGCCGUUUGCUUUGCUCUAAGUAACUGGUUACUAGGAAAUUUCAGUUUUGUAACACCAAAAUUUUUACCAAAAAUGUUAACCCCUGGACCUUCGAUCAGUGCAAUUCAUGAAAACUACCACAGAAGAAGUCUGUUGCCCCAUAACAUUCUUUGGAAGGUCGUCAUUGUCAGCUCUUAUCUGUCCAUGGCCGUCUUUCAUUAUCUAGAUUUCUUUGUCGAACCACCAACAAACUAUCCUGAUAUAUGGAUUACUCUCAACUGCGUCAUUGGUUUCGGUAGUUUUGUGUUUUUCUGGAUGUGGACUUAUUACAUGUUGUUCACAUUAAGAAAUAAGACAUUAAUGGAUUUAUAA